CCAAAAAUAGAUACGCGCAUGACGACGCACCGGAGGUCACUCGUGGAGCUCGUGACAGCGCUGCGUCGACGCAGCUCGCUCUCGCCGCGCCAGAUUCGCAUCCGGUCGCGCUCCAUCAUGUGGCUUUUCUGCAUCUGCAAGCACGCAGUCUCGGCCGUCUACUUCGUCGUCUCGGGCUACAUCUACACGAUUCUCUCCAAUACCGAGCGCAUCACAUUGAAUGCCUAUCAGCCCAAGCUCUGCGGCAGCAUGUACUUUUUACUUGCAGCCUUGCACGUCUAUGGCGUAGCACUGGACAUGGUCCCGACGGGGCGCCGCCGACGCCGCGGAUCGCUCUUGCACAGUCUGACCAUGCACACCCGGACACCUCACUAUUGGUUGUGCGGGUUUCAAUGCGCUGAAAUUGGCGUCCAAAGUGUGCAAGCAUGGUGGCUCUCGCACCUCACGACCAACAAGAGUCUCUUGACAACAUACGUGUCGUGCAUCAUCCUCCACUGUCUCGUCGCACCGUGGUUCAUUCUCUCGACAAUUCCGUUUUUCCACACGACGUUUCGGCUAUUUGUCAAUAGCAUCAUUGGGUACAUUUUGUUUUCGGGCAUUUUACCGGGAUAUUGA